AUGCGUAAGCAUCCUGGUAGGCACAGCAGCACAAGGGGGUAUCCGAAGGACGUGUUGCGCCAGCAAGUCAAACCCUUCCCUGCUUCCCCCCCUCCCCUCCCCUGCUUUCCCCCAUCCCCUUCCCUGCUUCCCCCCCUCCCCUUCCCUGCUUCUCUCUAUCCCCUUCCCUGCUUCCGCAUGUCCCCUUCCCUGCUUCCCCCCAUCCCCUACACUGCUGCUUCCUCCCCUCCCCUUCCCUGCUUUCCCCAAUCCCCUUCCAUGCUUCCCCAUGUCCCCCUCCCUGCUUCCCCCCCCCCCCCCCUUCCGCGCAUCCCCCCUUCUUCUUACCUGCUUUUCCCCCUAUCCUCUUCUCUGCUUUCCCCCAUCCCCUUCCCUGCUUCCCCCCCUCCCCUUCCCUGCUUCUCCCUAUCCCCUUCCCUGCUUUUCCCCCUAUCCCCUUCUCUGCUUUCCCCCAUCCCCUUCCCUGCUUCCACCCAUCCCCUUCCCUGCUUCCACCCAUCCCCUUCCAUGCUUCCCCCCCUCCCCAUCCCUGCUUUUCCCCAUCCCCGUCCCUGCUUCUCCCUAUCCCCUUCCCUGCUUCCGCAUGUCCCCUUCCCUGCUUUUCCCCCUAUCCCCUUCUCUGCUUUCCCCCAUCCCCUUCCCUGCUUCCACCCAUCCCCCUCCCUGCUUUCCCCCAUCCCCUUCCCUGCUUCCACCCAUCUCCUUCCAUGCUUCCCCAUGUCCCCUUCCAUGCUUCCCCAUGUCCCCCUCCUUGCUUCCCCUCAUCCCUUUCCCUGCUUCCCCCCCUCCCCUUCCUUCCCUCCCCCCAUCCCCUUCCCUGCUUCCCCAUGUCCCCUUCCCUGCUUCCCCCCCCCCCCUUCCGUGCAUCCCCUCUUCUUCUUACCUGCUUCCCCCCAUCCCUCACCCUGCUUCCCCCCGUCCCCUACCCUGCUUCCACCCAUCCCCCUCCCUGCUUUUCCCCAUCCCCUUCCCUGCUUCCCCCCAUCCCCUACCCUGCUUUCCCCCAUCCCCUUCCCUGCUUCCCCCCAUCUCCUGCCCUGCUUCCUCAUCACACCCUUCACUGCUUCCCUCCAUCCCCAUCCCUGCUUCCCUUCCCCACUUCCCCAUGUCCCCUUCCCUGCUCCCCCCCAUGUCCCGUUCCCUGCUUCAGUCGUUGCCAGGAGUUUGUAG